UAAUGUUCAUGUUCUACUUGUCCCAGUGGGGCUACUAGACUAGACUUAGCUCUAGACUCUAGAUCUAAGAUCUAGAUUUAGCUAGAUUAGGACAUAUGAUAUUGAUAGAGCUUAGAUCUAGAUUGGAGUCCUAGAUUAGUAGAUAGAUGUAGACUAGAGUCAAAGAUGUUGACUGUACUGUUCUAAAUCAAGACUACAAUCUAGACUUAGUAACUUAGAGUAGACAUCUAUAUUAUUCUAGACCUAUAUUAUAUAAUAUAUAGACAGGUCUAAUAUAUGAUAUUCAAUUUCAAUAAUAAAUUUUUACUUCAAUCUCAAGUAACAUGGAUCAAAUUUAAAAUAAGACUUACAAUUACAAAAUGGACUUCCAUUCCGUUGGCAGUGAUUCAAAAAGUUUAGAAGAUGACAAAGGUUCAAUUAGUAAUUCAGGCUCAAGCAAUAACAUUUGCAAUGGGCACAGAAAUGGAAGCCCAGAUUCUUUUUUUGACUUAACUGGUCAAUUAAAGAUGCCUCUAUUUGGCAUGGACAUUGGAGGGACACUUACAAAGCUUGUAUACUAUGAGCCUACCAAUUUUGAUGAGUUUGACCUAAAAGAGCGUGAAACAUUGCAAACCAUUCAUAAAUAUUUAAUUGGAAAUACAGCUUAUGGAAAAACAGGAAUUCGUGAUGUUCAUCUUGAAAUGGGGAAUCAAACUAUAUGUGGUCGCAAUGGGAAAAUUCACUUCAUCAGGUUUCCAACUGCUCAGAUGUCUGCUUUUAUUGAUUUGGCUAGAGGGAAAAACUUUUCAGGGCUGGCUAGUGGAAUCUGUGCAACAGGAGGUGGGGCUUACAUGUUUGAGGAAAUAUUUAAAAAAACAGUGAAUCUCACAUUACACAAAUAUGAUGAGUUAGAAUGUCUACUCAAGGGAAUCCAUUAUAUAGACAGGCACAAUCCUUCCGAAUGCUACUACUUCAGCAACCCCAGAGAUACUGGGUGCAGUGAAAAGCUACCAUUUGACUUUCAUAACCCUUACCCUUAUUUAGUUGUGAACAUUGGUUCUGGUGUUAGUAUAUUGUCUGUCCGAUCUAAGACUGAUUACAGUAGAGUUUCUGGUACCAGUUUAGGUGGUGGAACAUUCCUAGGACUUUGUUGUCUUUUAACAAAUUGUGAAACUUUUGAAGAGGCAAUUGAAUUGGCUUCUAAAGGUGACAGCACAAAUAUUGAUAAGCUUGUGAAAGAUAUCUAUGGUGGGGACUACGACAAAUUUGGACUUAAAGGAGAAACUGUUGCUUGCAGUUUUGGUCAAAUGAUGAGUCAAGACAAAAGAAAGAGUGCUAAAAGAGAGGACUUGGCUAGAGCAACACUUGUGACCUUGACCAAUAAUAUAGGCUCUAUAGCAAGGAUGUGUGCCAAAACUGAGAAAAUAGAAAGAGUAGUUUUUGUUGGUAAUUUUUUAAGAGUCAAUGAAAUUUCCAUGAAGCUCUUAGCAUAUGCAAUGGAUUAUUGGUCUAAUGGUUCUUUAAAAGCUCUAUUUUUACAACAUGAGGGUUACUUUGGUGCUAUGGGAUGUCUGCUAGAAUAUCUUCAAUUAAACAGUGGAUUGAUCUAGUUGUUUCCAUCCAUGUUACAAUGACCAAACUUCCAUUUUUAUAUGAAUGUUUGUUAGACAAUUUACAAUAAAUACUUAAAAUAUUUCAAUAUUGUAUGGUUAUUAGAUUUAUGUGCUGCUGAAUCUUAUUUUUUUUAUAAUUAGCAGUAAUUAUGUUAUCCUGAGAUGUAUGCCUUUUCAAGGGUUUUUCAUGCUAGUUAGUCACUUAUCUAGCAAAUCAAAGUAAAAAAUAACAACAUUGUUUCAUGGUAAAAUUACUAAAAAAAAAUUUAUAAUGUGUUUUCAUAACUCAUUAACUUAAAAAUUGAAGUGUUAUCAAUGGUUUAAGGUUAAGAAACAAAAAAAUAUUUUGAGGGGCCAAUUAGCAUUUGUCAUUUUUGUUAAUUCUAGAUAUAAAAUUUCUUAGUGAUUUAAUUGAAUCCUGUUACUGUUAUAGAUCUUAAACAUGUUUUUGUUUUUUUUUUAUAAUAAAUAUGAAUAAACGAGGUCAAACUGUAUUUACUGGAUGAGAAAGGUAAUUAUUUGACAUCUCAUAUUUUAUCUCAAUGCAUUAAAACUUUUUUUUUAUUUCCACUUUUAUAUGAGUAGAGCACACUUAUUAAGCAGAAGUUUUUUGUGUAGUGUUGUAAUAACAUUACAUUAGAAUUCAUUUUGUGUGAAAAUAAUUUAAUUAUUUAACUUGUUAAGUUUCUAAUUGAAACCUUAUAAAAAUUAUUAGACCUGGUAAAGAGUAGAUAAUAACAUUGCCAUGGCCUUUGCUUUAUGUGGAUAUAUUGUGAACAACAUAAUGAUCAACCACUUUUACUUUCAGGUGUGAGAAAUCUAUUCUGAAUUUGGUGAAGUUGAAUGUGCUGUAUAAUUCUUAGUUAAAUAUUCACUAAACACAAAGGAUCUAUGGCAAACUAGCUAUUUGCUAAAGCUAGUUUAUUAGAUUAUAUUCUAUCUUCUCUAAUACAUAAUGAAGAUGUUUGGCACAGUUAUUGUCUUACAUACAAAGGAGCAGUGCUUUUUUUGUGACAGUACCUUUUUCAAUGUGGGGAAAAAACUAUUACUUUUCUUGUAUUUUAACGUUUAUUAUUCAUUUAUUAGUAGAUAAAAGUUAGGCAAUCCAUCACUGAGUACUGGCUCCUAUUUUUUUUACAAAAAAAAGCUAUGCUAAGGAGUAAUUUAAAAAAAUAAAAGCUGGGAAAUAUUCAUGUUAGUCCUCAUCUUAGCACAAAGAUAAAUUCUCCUAAGACUCAGUGUACGUUAUCUUACCUUUUCGUAAAUGGCAGCUUUAUUGAUGUUACUACCUGUACAUAACAACAACUCAUUAAAGCCUGGUAUUUAAUCUUUGAAGUCAUUAGCCAUAUGAUGUUAUUUUUAUAUCACAGUCUUCAGUCUCAUGGUUUCAUUGAUAGGUCCUUUUUCACUUUUUGAUUUGUAAAGUAUUCCUUGAUAUGAGACCUUUUGGGUACUUACCAUAAGACAAACUUUUUGAUUCAAACAUUUAUGUAACAAUGGUUAUUUACAAUUAUUUGCUAUGCAAAUGAGCACACAUUGUUAAUGAGUAUUACAGUAUUUUGUUGUUAAUAUGUUGCCCAUUUGCAAUAUGUAAUACUAUUUCUGGGAAAUAUUUAAUUGUCCAAAAACAUUUAUUUCUUUUGAUAGAUUUUAAAAUAAUAAAUUUGUGUUACUUUUUCACAAAUCACAAGAGUUAAUUUUCAUGAAAUCAGAUAAUUUAUUAAACAGAGUUUAAAUUUUUUUUACUAGCACUUUUGUGGUGACAGCCUACAAAAAUGGUGCUAAAUUCUAAAGGAUGAAAUCUUGAUUUUAAUGUUUUGUUUUCAAGCAAUGUCUGUCAAUAAUUAUUUGUAAAUGAUUAAAACAAAUUUACAGCCAUGUAAUCAUUUCAAACAUAAACAGUGUUGAAAGUACUUGGUUAGGUUACUUAAUAAAUAUGUAAUAAAAAAAGGGGGUCUAGUAUAUCUGUAACAAUUAAUUUUGUGAAAUUUCAGACGUUAUCUAAGAUAUUGUUCAUUAAACAUACAAACAUACAAAAUAUUAAGAAGUCUUUAUAUGUAUUUAUACUUCUUAUAGCUCAAAAUGUACUGUAAAAAAAACCCCACUAAAUUAUCGAACAAAUACAUCUUCAGAAACCCUUUCUCCAGUUGCAUUAUAUUUGCUGGAAAUGAGAUUUUGCCACCAACACUUAGUGGAGCAUCAAACAAUCUGUUUUUGAUACUGUUUUUAUUUUUUAAGAUUCUUUCAUUUAUUUAUUUUUUAUUUUUGGUCAUUAUUGCAAUAAAAAAAAAGCCAAGCAUUAAUAAAGUGUUUUUCCAAAUCAAUUUGGAUUGUAUUUUUUCCUUUAAAAGAAAAUUGCUAAUUUUAACAAAAUAUUCGUGUUUUUUUUUUAAGUUGUCCCUGGAUAUUAUUUUUUGCAGCACACUUCAAGUACCACAGUUUUAUGUGUAGAUAAAUCCCCACUAGAAUAAAAAGCUUUUUGUUUUCUUAACAUGUUUAGGCAAGACUUAAAAUUAUAAGAAGCCAGUUCUGUGAUUACUUGAAUAGAAAAAAAAAUAAUUUUUGAACUUCUUAUGACCUGUACUACCUAUGCCAGAAAGCUGUUAUGGCUUAUAUUUUUAUUUAUUUAUUUUUAAAUUUACAUUUAAAUAUUUUAAAAGCAGUAUUUGAAAUAUUCAGUAAACCAUUUUUAAUGCACAAAUAUUUGCAUCCUCAAGCAAAAUUAUUUUAUUGAAUAAAUGUGGGUUAAAAAGAUGAAGUGUCUUCUUUUUAAAUGUAAGUGUGUGUAUUGAAUUAAUUUCUUUCUAUCUUAAGGAUUUUUUCUAAAUUAUUAAUAUUAUAUUAUUAUUGAGCUCUAAGUAAGACACCUGAAAAUUCUUUAUAGCUCCAAUGCAAUGUGCAUUUAUAGAAUCUGUGUGCAUAUGCUGAAAUAGACAAUAUGGUCUUUAUUUAUUAGCUAUUAUAUAAGCCAAUUAUCUUAGUGACUUGAAUUGUAAAGAUGGAAUAUAUUGUAAUUCUCUCUGUAGAAUAAUUGCUCUCAUGGUUGUUUAUUUUAGGAUUGCAAAUGUUUUGUUUUUUUAAUAGUGCUGGUGCAAAGAAUGUUUAGAAUGUGAUGCUUAUUUUUAUGUAUCACUGAAUUGAGUGUGUAAUUUAUACUAGUGUUUUGUGCUUCUGUGUGUGCAUGAAGUUUGGACCACAUUAAAUUUUUUUAUAUUAGUUACGAGUUUAACUGAUUGUACAAUCAAAAUAUUUUGCUAUGCUAACAAUUUUAUUCUUGAACUAUUUCAACUCAUCAUUCCUUUGAAGUUUAUAUAUUUAAUAAAUACAAUGUAAGACUUGCACACUUGUGGAUAAUGGCUCUAACAUUAUCCACAAGUGUGCAUCUGUAUGCUACAUAGUUUUUUCACAUAAGGGCCUAAGCCUAAAUGCAUUUUUUUUUUUUUACAAAUUUUGGAAGUCCAGUUUUUUUUUUUGUUUUUGUUUUUACAAAGGUUAUAUCAACUCACUCUGUCUGCCUGUCUGGUACUAAUUGUGUAAACAUUAUUUCUCUCAUUUCCCAUUUUCGGAUGAAGUUGAAAUUUGCACAAUUAUUCAUUGUCCCUAACAGAACAUGAAUCAAUCAAAAAAUUAACCAAUUCAUCAAUUAUUUUGUGCUUAUUUAUUGAUUUUGUUUGAUAUUCAAAAUGGAAAUAACUCUUACACUAUUGAGAUAUAUGACUGUAAAUAUCCAGUUCUUUCCCUCCUCCCUAGAUAAAUAAAAGUAUUUUUAUAUUUUGCUUGUUUUUACUUAUGAAAAAUGUUGAUGGUUUACUGUUUAAUUUCAAAGAGGGGAUGGAAUUGUGUCAUUUUUUUUCUUGUAUCACCACAAAAUUUAUAAGCAAUAAAAUUUGUAUUUAAUUGAAAA